CGGGGAGAAUGCGGGACUCGAUCUGUGGGGACGCAGCCACGCCAGUCAGAGGGCGCUGGAGCUGGUUUCUCUGUGAGGCUUGUGCUUGAAGUAGAGGCAGCAGCUGCCACCCUGCACUUCUUAGCCCCUCUGCCCAGACAUCUGUCCGGGCUCUGGGGACUUCAGCUGGAGCCUGAGGGUUGGGGUUGGGCCCUUGGCGUGGCCCCGGUCCUCACGUGCGCUCAUGGCCCCACCAGCUAAUUUAACACACCCGAAGCUACAAGCACCUUCCUUAUCUCACUCCAUCUUCCCUUCUGCACCACAUCCCUCCUCACAAAGUAUGCAGGAAGGAACCCUUGCCUUCCUCAGAUUCCAUUUUUCUAAGCACUUGUAUCCCUCACACAGCUUUGCUUCUGGCUCUGGGAGGAAGAACUGGUCACUUGAUGCCCAGAUCAUCCUGUCUAUGAAGUCUGGCUCAGGCUGUUCUCCCUCCCCUGGGUGGAUGGAGCAUAGCUGAGGGCCUCUGGGGAAAACAUCCUGGCGGCUGGCAGGAAGUGGGCUGUGCUCAUGGGCAGGACCUGUGGGUAAAGGGGGUGGUCUUUUUCACUCCUCUCCCCAGAGUAGGGGCGGGAGCCUUACAGCUGGGUCAGCUGGCAUCAGCUGCCCACCCAGGGUCCCCCCUCCUGGGCUCAGCAUGGUGCUAUGUGUGUCCUCUGUCACCCCAGAGGGGCCCCAGCUCUGAAGCAGCCUUGUGAAGGCGGUGGUAGAAGGAAAGGCCUGGGCAACCAGCCUGCUGAGGGUGGUUGGUGCCAGGAGUGGGGGUUGUCAGCACGGGAACUCACGACAGCUACUCAUCUGGGCACAGAGGAGAAACUGCAGUGAGGCGGUGGGGGAGACAGAUGUACAGAACACAACCACCACCCUUUCCACCCACUCCGCACCCCCUGGGGAAGCCUGGCCUGCUGGCUUGCUCUACCAGGGGAGCCAGGAUGGAGGAGCGCCAGAGCCCCCUGCAGGACUUCACCCUCCCCUCCGUGUGGGAGCAGGCCUGUGUGAUGUCAUAGCCUCUGGCCUGGGGCUUUAUGACAUAUCUGAGACCCUGAAUCCUGAAGCUUCCCUGCUCCUGGCUGCUGAUUAUGAAGGUCCAGGCUGUGGGUAGGGGGUGCUCCAACACCCACAGGGUUUGGGGCUGCAGGAAAGCAGCUACCAGAAUGUAUUAAGAAAUUCCACUUUGGUGGAAUGAAGUAAACUUUAUUCUCUGCAUGUGCUCGUGUCCACCUCAAGCAGCCCUUUUAACCGCCGUGGACAGAGGCAGAGAGAGAAGCAGGCGCCACGCAGGGAGCCCAAUUCGGGACCCGAUCCCAGGACCCUAAGAUCAUACCCUGGGCUGAAGGCAGGCGCCCAACCGCUGAGCCACCCGGGCGGCCCUGGUCCGCUGAUUUUCAACCUGAGCAGUGCUGUCAUUAGUCCCUCCUCUGUAAAGAGCUGUGGGGGCUGGAUGGUCAUGGGGGAGCCUGGUAGAGAGGAGUAUAAAAUCCAGUCUUUUGAUGCAGAGACUCAGCAGCUGCUGAAGACAGCACUCAAAGAGCCAGGUGCUGUGGACUUGGAAAAGGUGGCCAACGUGAUCGUGGACCAUUCUCUGCAGGACUGCGUGUUCAGCAAAGAAGCAGGACGCAUGUGCUAUGCCAUUAUUCAGGCUGAGAGCAAGCAAGCAGGCCAGAGUGUCUUCCGACGGGGACUCCUCAACCGGCUGCAGCAGGAGUACCAGGCUCGGGAGCAGCUGCGAGCCCGGUCCCUGCAGGGCUGGGUCUGCUAUGUCACCUUUAUCUGCAACAUCUUUGACUACCUGAGGGUGAACAACAUGCCCAUGAUGGCCCUGGUGAACCCUGUGUACGACUGCCUCUUCCGGCUGGCCCAGCCCGACAGUCUGAGCAAGGAGGAGGAGGUGGAUUGCCUGGUGCUGCAGCUGCACCGGGUAGGGGAGCAGCUGGAGAAGAUGAACCGACAGCGCAUGGAUGAGCUCUUUGUCCUGAUCCGGGACGGCUUCCUGCUCCCCAGCGGCCUCAGCUCCCUGGCCCAGCUGCUGCUGCUUGAAAUCAUCGAAUUUCGGGCAGCUGGCUGGAAGACGACCCCGGCUGCCCACAAGUAUUACUACAGUGAGGUCUCCGACUAGGCCUCCAGCUCAGGCUGCCUCACCAGCAGCACAGGCCUCUCACCUACCCAACUCCCUGACUCUCCCAAAGACUGUCCCUUGCAGACCUUCAGUGGCUCCUGAGAAGUUCCUCACUUACAUGGUGGUCCUGCCCUGAGCACCUUCUCUCCUGGAUUCAGGGACUGGGGAAGACACCACACAGACCUGCCCUCACCGUCCCAUCAACCUCUACCCCAUCACCUCCAGCCUGGGCCAUGCAGAGAAAGGCAGCUUCUAACACCCACUGCACUGUGUAAC